AUGUGUAAGCCUUCAAAGGUGGAGAGACUAUCACCAUCAGAAGAAGUAUUUGAGGCUGAAGACCGUUACGGUGCUCAUAACUAUGCACCCGUUCCUGUUGCCUUGGCACGUGGUAAAGGGGUAAACGUUUGGGAUGUUGAAGAUAAAAAGUAUUACGAUUUUUUAAGUGGUUAUUCAUCACUUAAUCAGGGUCAUUGCCACCCUAAAAUUGUCAAUGCUCUGAAGGAACAAGCUGAAGUAUUAUCCCUGACCUCUCGGGCGUUUUAUAAUGAUAAGCUCGGAACAUAUGAACGUUAUAUAACUUCAUUGUUCGGCUACGAUAAAGUUUUACCAAUGAAUACUGGCGUUGAAGCUUGCGAAACUGCUGUCAAACUGGCUCGUCGGUGGGGAUAUGACGUGAAGGGCAUCCCGGCAAAUCAGGCUAAGAUUAUAUUUGCAGAAAAUAACUUUUGGGGACGAAGCCUGUCAGCAAUUUCUUCAUCAACCGAUCCAGAAAGUCGAGGUGGAUUCGGGCCUUUCAUGCCUAAUUUCGAAAUCAUACCCUACAAUGACUUACAAGCUGUUGAUAAGGCUUUAUCAGAUCCUAAUGUAGCGGGCUUUAUGAUAGAGCCUAUACAAGGAGAAGCCGGCGUGGUUGUGCCUGAUGAAGGUUACAUUUCCAGUGUUCGUCAGCUUUGUAAUAAGCAUAAUGUACUCUUCAUUGCGGACGAAGUGCAGACUGGUCUAGGUCGAACUGGAAGACGUCUAUGCUGUGAUCACGAAAAUGUCCGACCUGAUAUAGUGACACUUGGUAAAGCAUUAUCUGGUGGUGUCUAUCCGAUUUCUGCUGUUCUUUGUGAUGAUGAAAUUAUGCUAACAAUUAAACCAGGACAGCAUGGCUCAACGUAUGGAGGCAAUCCUCUUGCUUCUGCUGUAGCUAUAACCGCUUUGCAGGUCCUCGAGGAAGAGAAAUUAGCUGAGAGAGCCGAGUAUUUAGGUUCAAUGUUACAGAGUGGAUUACGGGAAUUAAAUCCCGAUAUCAUAUCGUUGGUAAGAGGAAAGGGGCUGCUACAAGCAAUUGUUAUUAACAAUAAACAAGAUAUUAAUGCUUGGGAAAUUUGUUUACGCUUGCGAGAUAACGGUCUGCUAGCCAAGCCGACACAUGGUGACAAAAUUCGAUUUGCACCGCCUCUUGUAAUGACGGAAAAAGAGCUAAAGGAAUGUAUCGACAUUAUUGGUGAAACUAUAGAAUCCUUCGCGUAA